GAAUCGGAAUAAUUUAAUCCUCCAUUGCUAUCAGUGUUCAUCAGAUUCUGCGUUCGAUUCUGAAUUUUCUAGUUACUUUCCACAGUUGUUGUUGAAAUUGAUGGAUUUUGUCAGUUGCAGUUGUGAUUUAGCUUUUUUUAGAAAAAAUUAUAAACCCUAAUUUGCAGUUCUCGUUGCAGAGGUGUAAUGGAUACUUCUUCUUGGGACGGGAGUCUCUCCAAGACUGAGUUCGAUCUUUCUGUUAGAUCUUUUGCAGAAAAAUGGAAAAGGAGCAACCCUGAUUACCCACCGUGGUUUUGGGUCUCUUGUCCGAAAAAACCUUGGAUUCCUUCUCGUGAUGUGGAGGGUCACUUUACUCUGGAGAGGAUUCGGGUUCAUGAAUCAAGUGAGGAAGAUAGGGACAGAGUGAGUAAGAGUGGGGAAGAAGAGACCACUUGUUGUGGGAAAGAGGAUGCUAUAGAUUAUGCCACGCUGGUAGGUUUGUCUACGUUAGGUAUUCAAGUGUUCAAUAAUGGACGUGGUAUAGUUUUGAUACUUUAGGUUACUACUCGUGUUCUUUUUCUUUUUUUUAGGUUCAGAGCAGUCAUGAUGUACAUUACUAUGAUCUUCAUGUGGUCUAUAGUGCCUUGUACUGGGUUCCAGUGCUAUAUUUCCGUGUUUAUGGCAAUGGUAUGUCCAUUUUCUUAUGGAAGUUAUGUUU